GUUGAUGCUCCAAUGGACUCGUCCCCAUGCUAAUCUUCAUGCAGCAUUGGCAGCAACUUCCGCAAAGGGGCACUAUGCUCAACGUUCUUGAUCUACAGCUUGCCGUUCGCGCAACGGAGGCGCAGGUUGGUCUCCUCCAACAAGUCCGUGACGAACAAGAUCGUGCAUUUACCACAAUUGUCCAGAUCUGUCGAAUCUUGCAAGAAGUCGGCCCGCAUCACCGGGGCAUGCCCGUAGUGCUGCCGACUGUCCAGGCAGUGCGGAAAGCGAUGCGCAAACUUGCUCGAGAGGUGGAUGCAUUGCUACGAUAGCGUUGUACGUUGGCUGCGAUACAGGCCUAGGAUGUGCAAGGUGGCCGCCGGUGAAUGUACGUGGCAUACAAACACGCGAGGGCAUGUACGCGGCGGACAUAUACGUGGGCGGCAACGAUGUGGGCGGGCAAGGACGCGGUGGCCAGACGCCUCAUAGAGCAGGGGUCGCGGGCGAGGCCGUAGCGGAUAUAGCGGUAUCAGGCAGGGACGGG